AUGCAGAGAAUAAAGAAGAUCACUGGGAUCGCUUCUUUGGAAGUCAAACCUGUGAGGAGUGAAGUGCAGAGGGGAAUCAGGCCAUACAGAGCAACUGAGCAUGCAACCACUGGAGUCAUCCUGAACAGCAGGCUCAUGCUCGGAAGGGAGUUACGUGGAAAGUUCCCUGAGGUCAGGGGACAACCUAAACAUAGGGACGACGCGACUCGCUGUCGUGACCGAGAACAAAAACAGAAGAUGAGGCAAUACGCUGGUAAAAGAAGACACACAGCCGUGAUGAAAAUUUAAGUCGGGGACACGGUGUUGUGCAAGCAGGAACGAAUAACACCCUGACUCCUUUGUGUGACCCGGAUCCUAUGGUAGGCAUUGGCGUCAAGGAAAGCAACAGUGUGAGGAUUCGCAGCAGGAAUUACGCCGUUUAAAAGCUGCUUAAAAAGGGUUGCAGGGAAUCACCUAAGUGUGAUGAUUCUGAGAGCGAUGGUGUUUUUGAACUGGACGAACCGAUGGGUGAACCCCAUCAAGGUCCAGAGCAAUCCAGAGCAGGCUCGGGUGGAGAUGCAGUGUCAGCGGACAGAUCCAGUGAAUCACGGCAAGGUCAUGAGCAGCCAGGAGCAAACAGCGACACAGUUUAA